UUUGAAUAUCCUGUCAGCCAGCCAGUUGAAUUUUAAUUUUGGUCUCCUUCUCCUUCCUGUCUCUGCAUUAUAAACUACUAAAAAAAUAUAUUGUCUUCACAAAAUUCACGUAAUUCUCUUCUCCGCCAAUCCACAUACCACAGCCACAUAAUUUUUAUAUAUCCUCCAAUCGCAAAAAAUAUUUUAACACCUUCAACUUACCAUUAUUAAUCUUUUUUAAGUAUUUUUAAGUUGAUUGACGGUUGAAUCAAUUCCUUAACAAUGGCGCAACAACAACAAAUGAAAUAUUUAGCACAAGUUGAGAAUGCUAAAGAAGCUCACGACGGAAAGCCGUCCGUUGGUCCGGUUUAUCGGAGUUCUUUCGCUAAAGAUGGUUUUCCAUCGCCGCCUCCCGGCAUGGACUCUUGCUGGGACGUUUUCCGAUUGAGCGUGGAGAAAUAUCCUAAUAAUCCCAUGUUUGGUACCAGAGAGAUUGUCGAUGGCAAGGCUGGCAAGUACGUGUGGCAAACAUACAAAGAAGUGUAUGAUUUGGUUAUCAAAGUUGGUAAUGCUAUUCGAAGCUGUGGUGUUAAUCAGGGCGAAAAAUGUGGUAUUUAUGGCGCUAACUGCGCUGAGUGGAUUAUGAGCAUGGAGGCCUGCAAUGCUCAUGGGCUCUAUUGUGUUCCUUUAUAUGACACUUUAGGUGCUAACGCUGUGGAGUAUAUCAUCUGCCAUUCAGAGGUGUCAAUUGUUUUUGUAGAAGAAAAGAAAAUUUCUGAGCUAUUAAAAACAUUUCCAAAUGCAGCACAGUACAUCAAAACAAUUGUGAGCUUUGGCAUCAUUGCACCUGAGCAAAGAGAAGAGCUUGUGAAGUUUGGUGUAGCAGCAUAUUCUUGGGAGGAAUUUUUGAAGCUGGGAGAGAAUAAUCAAUAUGAACUCCCGGAGAAAAAGUCAAGUGAUAUCUGUACAAUAAUGUAUACCAGUGGAACAACUGGUGAUCCAAAGGGAGUACUGAUUUCAAAUGAAAACAUUGUGACUUUUAUUGCUGGGGUGAAAAGGCUACUUGAGAGCGUCAAUGAACAGUUGACUUCAAAGGAUGUAUAUCUUUCAUACCUUCCUCUUGCUCAUAUCUUUGAUCGGGUGAUUGAAGAGUUAUUUAUUUCACAUGGCGCCUCUAUAGGGUUCUGGCGAGGGGAUGUCAAGCUAUUAAUUGAAGAUAUCAGUGAGCUCAAACCAACUAUUUUCUGUGCUGUGCCCCGUGUGUUGGAUAGAAUACAUACAGGUCUAACACAGAAGAUUUCUUCUGGAGGCUUUUUGAAAAACAAGUUAUUCAAUUUAGCAUACGCAUACAAAUUAAAAUGUUUGAAGAAGGGGGAACCACAUGCUACUGCAUCACCAAUUUGUGAUAAAGUUGUCUUUGAUAAGGUUAAACAAGGGUUGGGCGGUAAAGUACGGCUUAUUCUUUCUGGAGCUGCACCUCUUGCGAUCCAUGUAGAAGCUUUCCUACGGGUGGUCUCAUGUGCUCAUGUUUUGCAAGGAUAUGGUCUGACAGAAACAUGUGCCGGCACUUUUGUUUCGCUGCCAAAUAAUAUGGGAAUGCUAGGCACAGUGGGCCCCCCUGUGCCAAAUGUGGAUGUAUGCCUCAAAUCUGUUCCAGACAUGAAUUAUGAUGCUCUUUCAAGUACACCGCGCGGAGAAGUUUGUGUAAGGGGAAAGCCUGUCUUCUCUGGUUACUACAAACGAGAAGAUCUUACCAAGGAGGUCCUGAUUGACGGGUGGUUCCAUACAGGUGAUAUUGGUGAAUGGCAACCUGAUGGGAGCCUGAAAAUUAUUGACCGGAAGAAAAACAUAUUUAAACUUUCACAAGGAGAAUAUGUUGCAGUUGAGAACUUGGAGAAUAUUUAUGGUCUUGCUUAUGGUGUUGAUUCGAUAUGGGUUUAUGGGAACAGCUUUGAAUCAUUCCUUAUUGCCGUUGUUAACCCCAAUGUGCAAGCUCUUGAACACUGGGCACAAGAGAACGGUGUGACUGGGGACAUAGACUCCAUUUGCAAAAAUGCAAAAGCAAAAGAAUACAUAAUUGGAGAGCUUACAAAGAUUGGCAAAGAGAAAAAGCUGAAAGGUUUUGAAUUAAUAAAAGCCGUCCACCUUGAUGCCGAGCCAUUUGACAUAGAGCGUGAUCUCCUCACUCCUACGUAUAAGAAGAAGAGGCCUCAAUUACUCAAAUACUACCAGACUUUUAUCGACGAUAUGUAUAAAAAGGCAGCUAAACCCAGUGCGUGAGACGAGUAUUUUGUUCUGCUGUCAACAAUGCCCGGCUGGCUGGCUGGUCAACUGGUUUUUACAUUUUUGCUUUCAUAUUUUUUCCCAGUGACUGUACAUAGGGUAAUUUCUGGGCAUUUGUUAUUUAUGCGCCAUAUAGUAGUAGUAUCUUUUAAAGGUUUGUAAAUGGAGGCAAUACAAACAGCUUAUAUAUAUUUCGAUUAUUUCUUCAGUUUAUGUGAUCAGACAUUACAAUUUGAUAAUGUAUUUUAUUAGCUUUCUUGAA